AUGAGCGUCGACUGGGCUACAUACGACGUCGAGCAGGUCCGCCUUAUGGCAGAGCAAUGCAUUGUCGUGGACCACAACGACAAGCCGCUCAACGGCGACAGCAAGGAGAACUGUCAUCUCAUGGCAAACAUUGAAAAGGGUCUCCUCCACCGUGCGUUCAGCGUGUUCAUUUUCAACUCCGAAGGCAAACUCCUCCUUCAGCAGCGAGCAGACGAAAAGAUCACCUUCCCGGGAUACUUUACCAAUACUUGCUGCUCACAUCCACUCAUGACCGCCGAAGAGACGGAGGAGGAAGAUCAGCUGGGAGCGAGACGGGCGGCACAACGGAAAUUGGAGCACGAGUUGGGCAUACCACCUAGCCAGGUCCCAUUAGACCGCCUCGAGUACUUGACGAGGAUACACUACUUGGCGCCGUCCGACGGGUUAUGGGGAGAGCAUGAAAUCGACUACAUUUUCGUAUACCAAGGGGAGGUUGAAUGCAACCCCAACCCCAACGAAGUCAAAUCCAUUCGCUACGUGAGCAAGGCCGAGUUACAGGAGAUCUUUACCACAGCAGAUCAAAAAGGAAUGCUCCUCACACCGUGGUUCCGGCUAAUCGUAGAAAAGUUUCUCUACAAGUGGUGGGACAACCUGGACAAUCUGAAGGCAUUCAAUGACGUGGACACCAUCCACCGCAUGUAA